AUGCGAUCGCUAGAGCCAGGCACGUCUGUUGACGACUUAUGUGUCUCCGAUAUUGAUGAUGAUUUGAACAUUGUGGAAAAUCGAAAUGACGCUAUCCAGCAGAGUAGUUUUGCGAUCUCUGAUGAAGAAGAUUCUGCAGAUGAUGUUUCGGAUAGUGAUGAAAAGUGGGUAGAAUCAGGAAAAGUAAAAAACGAUGCUCCUUUUACUAGAAAUGUUGGACCUGACAUUCCCGAUAAUGUUAAAACACCAUCAGAAAUAUUUUUCUGCUUAUUUUCAGAUGAUUUGCUAGACUUGAUUGUUCAAGAAACAAAUCGUUAUUUGCAACAAAAGCAAUAUAAUCAAGCACCUACUACAAAAGAGGAAUUGUUGAUUUUCUUGGGCAUUAAUAUUCUAAUGGGUGUUAAAAUAUCUCCUUCUUAUCGGGAUUACUGGUCUUCCAAUCCGCAACUUAAUGAUCCCUACAUAAGUUCGUUGAUGUCAGUUGUUAGAUUCGGAUUUUUUCUUGGUUGUAUACACAUCAACGAUAAUAGUACAGAACCAAAGAAGAGUAAUGCGGAUUAUGAUAAAUUAUAUAAAUUGCGACCUUUUCUAAAUAAGCUGAAUGAAAAUUUUAAAAAAUAUUUUAUGCCAAACAAAUACCAAAGUGUCGAUGAAUCUAUGAUAAAAUUUAAAGGUCGCAGUAGCAUGAAACAAUACAUGCCUCUCAAACCCGUAAAACGAGGAUAUAAGUGCUGGGUUCGUGCAGAUUCAUCAGCUUAUGUUUGCGAAUUUCAAUUGUAUACAGGAAAAACUGAAAGUAUCGAAAAGCAGUUAGGGGCAAGAGUAGUAAAAGAUCUCACUCUCGAGUUGAAGGGAAACAAUCACCAUGUAUACUUUGACAAUUUUUUUACCGGGGUAGCUCUCAUGGUAUCUUUGAAAAAAGAUAAAAUUUUUGCUUGUGGUACUGUACGUCAGAAUAGAUCAAGAUUGCCAAAAAAUAACAUACAAGACAAACAAAUGAUACAUGGUGAUAGCGAAUUCCGAACAUCGAAUACGGGUAUUCGCUGGGUUAAAUGGAUGGACAAGAAGGCAGUCUACUUUUUGUCUAACUAUCAUGACCCUCGUGAGACCGUGUUGGUAAAUCGGAAACAAAAAAAUGGCACGUUGAAACCUAUUAUCUUCCAUUUCUUAGAUGUCACUGUUGUCAAUGCCUAUAUAUUGUACAAAGAGAAGAAAUUUAAUCCACCUUUGACUUCCAAAGAAUUCAGGUUACGUUUAGUAGAUGAAUUGGUAGGACACAAACUACCAAGUUCGAAAGGAAAAAAACGUCAAUUAAGUUCAAUCUCUUCUUACAAACCAAAAGUGUCCGAGGAUAAAAGGAAAAGCCAAUCAGCUCAUAUGCCAGAAAUUAUUGCUUCACCUAGACGCUGCGCUCAUUGCAGUACUAAAGCUGACCAAAAGCGAACAUCAUGGAUGUGUAAAAUUUGCAAUGUCCCACUCUGCUUAUUACCCGCAAGAAAUUCCUUCACUGCUUACCACUGCUAA